UGGUGGCAGCUCCAGCCCCAUGCCAUCUGACAGUUCCCAUGGCUACCUCUGCCCUGCUGGCCAUAGCUGUCCUGUUGGCUCUGCAGUCGAGGUGCCCUGUGAGCCCGGCACCUACAGUCCUGCCCCUGGAGCUGCCUACUGUAUAAUAUGCCCCGAAGGGACCAUGUGUUCUUCCUCAGCCACUCGAGAGACCUCAAUCUGCCCAGCUGGUCAUUUUUGUCCUGCGGGGACAGCCCUACCACAGCGCUGCCCUUUAGGGACUUUCAGCAACCAGACAGGUGCAUUUUCUCUCUCUGUCUGCACACCAUGUCCCUCUGGACUGUACUGUGGCUCACAUGGAGCCUCAACACCACAAGGUUCUUGUUUGCUGGGUUAUUUUUGCCAAGGUGGAGCCAUUGAGCCAACCCCACAGAGCUCUGACAAGUUCCCCAUGAAUGGCCCUUGCCCCGUGGGCCACUACUGUCCAUCAGGGUGCCUCUCCCCAGUUCCAUGCCCUCUUGGCAGUAUUCGCAACACCAUCGGAGGGGUUUCCAUGGAGAGCUGCUCUGCCUGUCCUGUUGGUCACUACUGCUCCACGGAGGGUCUGGCUAACCCCAGUGGCCCCUGUGCUGCUGGUUUCUUCUGCCCUUUUGACUUCUCCUCAACCACUCCAUAUGCCUUCCUCUGUCCUAAGGGCCACUAUUGUCCAGAGGGCUCUGCCCUGGCCUUGCCUUGUCCCACAGGAGAGUACCAGCCAAACCCAGGAUCAGAUGGCUGCAUCCCAUGCAGACCUGGGUUCUACUGUGAGGAGGCCAUAGUGGGAGAGCCAUGGCCCUGCCCACCACACUCGUUCUGCCCUGCAGGAACAAUGGUGCCUCAACCGUGUCCUAAUGGCACUUAUACUCAUUCAAACCAGGGAGGGCUGCAAGAAGAGAGAGAGUGUUUACCCUGCCCUUCAGGGAGGUUCUGCAGGGCUGGGAGGAUCCAGGGUGUGUGUGCCGCUGGCUAUCUUUGUGUUUCUGGGAGUGCAGAUUUCACCCCUCAGGGACCCGUCUCUAAUAUGACCCAGUGCCAGUCGGGCAUGCAGUGUGCUGGUCCAUGUCCGGCAGGUUUCUUCUGUCGUGAAGGCACAGAGGAGGCUGAGUUGUGUCCUGCAAACACUUUCAGGGGCUCCCCAGGAGGUGCCAGCCUACAGGACUGCUUACCCUGCCCUCCUCAGUAUUGGUGUCAACCUGGAGACCCAGUCCUUCAUCCGUGUCCUGCUGGUCUUUACUGUGAUGGUCUGUCUGGCAGUGACUUCAAUGGAGGGACGGGGCCCAGGCUGUGUCCGUUGUACACAUAUCGAGCCCACCCCGGGGCAGGCAGCAAGGGGGACUGCCUGGCCUGCCCGCCAGGUUCACACUGUAACAGCACAGGGCUUACAGACUCCUCCAACAGUCCCUGCCCACCUGGUUUUUGGUGCAGUGGAUCCGGACCCCCCAUCCUCUGCCCCGCGGGCACUAAGAGGGCCCUUCCUGGAGCCACUGCACCCAGCCAGUGUGAACUGUGUGCGGGGGGAACCUUCUGCCCAGACCCUCGGGCUACAGGGAAGCCCAAUGUGGAGGGGAUUCCCUGCAGAGCCGCUUAUCAAUGUCCCAUGGGUGCAGUAACAGAGAGGCUGUGCAGAGCUGGCUCAUAUUGUGGACCUCAGACUGCUGAGCCUGAAGUCUGUCCUGAAGGGUAUUUGUGUCCUCAAGGAUCUCAUUCCUACCAAACCCCAAAGCAACUCUGUCCAUUUCCCUACCACUGCCCAGCCAACAGCUCUUCCAUGAAAUCCUGCGAUGGCGGUUUCAUGCCUGUCAACACCAGCGGCCUCAGAGGAUCCAAAAACAGCUGCUGCACUGUGUGUGACGAGGGCACCUAUCGUCAGUACCUCUCCCCCAUCCAAAAAUGCCUUCCAUGUCCUGCAGGAUACUUUUGUCCCUCUGGUACAGACAACUACAAGAGUAACCCUUGCCCUUUUGGGUAUGUCUGUCCCACCGGAUCCACACAACCAAUACCCUGCCCUGCUGGCUCCUUUGGCAACCUCCCUCUUGCUAAAACAAUGGGUAACUGUCAGCCAUGUCCUGCUGGCACCUUCAACCACCUGCCUGCUCAGAAGGCCUGCUUUCCCUGUGGCAGCUCCUCCACCUCACCAGCAGGUUCUUCUUCUUGUACCUGUAUUGCUAAGAAUCGAGCCUUCCAGCACUCUGAUGGUUCAUGUUUGUGCAGAACUGGUUUUAUCUUCUACAAUGAACUGGAUUUCAAAAGCUCUACGUCUGACAGUGAGUUGGACUGCCAGCCUGAGGCAAACAAGCGUUGUGCCACAGGUGAGGUACGUCUGGCAGACUCCAGAGAGUGUGUGUCACCUUCCCUCCACUCGUGUAAUAUCACCUGUGGACAACAUGGAGGAAAUCUGGAUGUGGAGAUGGGAAUCUGCCAGUGUGAGCGAUAUGUGUCUGCUGAAGAGCUUUGCAACACUUCCUGCCUUUCCAGACUACCUCAGCUCUCUGCCCAAUUCUCUCCAGAUGGACACCUGCUGCUCAGCCUCAAAGAAAGAGACAAAAUGGUCUGGGCCAGGACUGUAAUGAAUGUUUUAGGACCAGAUUUCCACGCAAACAAUAUUGGUAAAAUCCAUUUGGUCCAGUUCGACCCUGAAGGCGUGUUUGGUUGGAUUCCUACACAAAGAGAGCUCAUCAAUCAGUUCCUGUCGGAACCAAUAGAAGUCCUAAGUACAAGACCCAGACAAAGGAGGGAGACAAAAGAUGAUUAUGAUGCUGUCGUCUUUCCUCGUAUCCCCAACCCCAUCGCCUGUCUGUCCUCUGGUGACAUGCUCAUAUUCCACCUCACCAUCAACCACACUGACCGCCGUCACAGCCACUUCCCAGUAUAUCCGAAAGACCACUUAUUUAACAGUAACCCCAGCUGGGACUUUGGUGCUUUCAGGCAUCUACAGAUUCUCAUGAAGCAGACAAACUUCAACUCUACAAGGUUUGCCCAUGUGUUUUUGGAAACAGGGAAGUAUGUGUUUGUUGACAGCGCUGUGCCAGAGUGGAGUUUGGUGGUGGUGGUCAGUGAGGAGGGGACAGAGUGUGACCCCCGGGCCUCCGUCUUCCAGCCCAUGACCCCGGCACAGCUGGUCAAGCACGGGAUUGUAAAACAACACAGACUGAACCUUCUACCUGACUGGGGAGUGAUAACAGGGAUCCUGAGUCUGCUGCUGGUUGUAGUUGUGGUUUUGACCACCACAGUUUUAGUUCUGCGACCUGGAAAAGCAAAACUUGUCUCCCAGUGGAGGGCUAAGCCGAAGUGGCGCAGCCUUGGGGAGCCCUUCUGUCCGGUGGAUUGUGUUUGCAGUGGAGACAGCAUAGCAGUCCCAAGCCAAGGUGGUUACUUAGGUAGUAGGGGUAUAGGAGUGGGAGCAGAGGCUGAGGAGCUGGCUGUUUCAAAAGGAGGAAGUGUGUCAGGGUUCUUCGAUUUGGAAGAGUUAAAUGUGAAGACUCUGUACGACAAACUAGAGGAUCAGAACCUGCACAUAGCCUCACAGCUGGCCCGGCACCGCAAAGACACGCAGGAGUUUUAUAGAAACAUUUGUCAACAGACUGAAACACUCAAGAAUGUCUUUGACAAUAUGGAUCAUAAAAAACGGAAUCUUCUUAAGGAGCUUAUAGUCCACAAUGCAAUGAGGGAUAAACCAUCAAACAGCAUGGCAGGAGAGAGGGAUACACAAGCUGAAACAUCUGAACACCUUAUUGACAACAAUAUAUCACUUCCACAGCACACAUCCAGUGUUGCAGAGCAGGCAAAGGCAGCCAUCCUCAGUGCUUCUGUUCAUCUGCUGGCCCCUUAA